AUGAGUGCAACAGGUCUGGACCCGAAGGAGUUAGGUACUUUGGUUGUGGUCGUGGGAAAAGCCAAAAAUCUAGUCAACAAAUCUAGGUUCGGAAAACAGGAUCCAUUUUGUACAGUCUCGAUAGGGGAAGACAAGCAACGUACGAAACCUAUAAAACGUGGAGGACAGCAUCCAGAAUGGGACGAAGAGCUUCGAUUCGCUAUUGUGGAAGAUCUCGACGAUGUUCUCGUUAGAUCAGAGUCACAACCUGAUUCACUCAAUUCUUCGACCAACGGCGCUCCUCCGCCACCACUUAAAGACUCAUCUUCCGGAGUAAUAACGUCUGCAGCAUUAGCGAACAAGAGUAGGAAAGGGCCGUUGAACAAGAAGGGAGGGAAAAGUAUGAAGGUGGCUUGUUAUGCGGAUGAUGCGAAGGAACCGGAAUUGAUAGGAGAAUGCGUGAUCAACAUAGAUGAUGUAUUGAAAAAGGGAGAAGUCGAUGAAUGGUACGAUUUCCUGUACAAGGACAAGUAUAGUGGAGAAGUUUACCUUGAAUUAACCUUUUUCUCAAAUGACGCACCCCCUGUGAAACGGAAUGUCCCUCGUCCCGCCAUACACAACUAUGGUGGAGCUGGUACUUUCAAUGCCAGUCCCUCUGGCACACUUGCCUCAGCAGCGAGCAGGACAAACCUCGGUGGUGGAUUGGCAACCUCGGCAAGUGUGUCUGGAAUGAGCCUGUACAUCCCACCCUAUGUGCAGCAAGGUCGUGCACCAUCACCAUCGCCAAACCCUCAACCUCCUGCCCAAACCCAGCUGCCUCCCUCAAAUAGUUUUGCGAAUUUGGGAUUACCUCCUGGUCACAGAACGAAUCAGGACAUACCGCCAUCCCAAGUUGGACAGCCGACUUAUCCUCCUGCUCAAGCCUCAACGCUACACUCACACGACUCUCAAUCCUCUAUCGAUGCGCUCACACGACCAAUGUCUUCAAUGUCUAUUGGUUCAUCAUAUUCCUCUAGACCACUGACAGCGACCCCUGCGCCACCUUUGACGACAUCUAUCUCUGGUCACAGCUAUGGUGCUCAUCGACAUUCGGUUGGAGGUGGAUCAUCCGACGCUCCAUGGGCACAACAGCUACCUCAGAACCAGCCUGCACCAGCUCCCGCGCCUCAUCCGAGACCUUUGUCAUCGAACGAUGCAUUACCAUGGGAACAAGUGCAGCGACUGGAGCAGGAAAGAUUACAAGCUGGAGCUACCCCUGUUCCUCGACCUGCUUCGGGAGGAGGAUACGGUCAGCUGGGAUUGCAGCAGUAUCCUCAGCAUUCGCUUGCCCAUACGGGCAAUCGAAUUCCUUCAACGAUCCCAGAAUCGCUGAGACCGGCUGGUCCCCCUCAAUCCGAACAACAUAUUCCCCCUCGAUCACACAGCUUUUCUACAGCCACCCCAGCUCCUAUCAAUACUACGUACAGUCAUGCUCCCCCCACGCCUGCCCCACCACCACCCUCCAAUUCUGCACCACCCAUCUCUCCUUCUACUUCCUCACAUUACCAUAUGCCUGCCAACUCUUUCAAUGCGCUAACCCAGCCCGUCGUAGACCCUCAACGCGCAGCUAGCCCUGCCAUUGGUCAAUAUGCCCAACCAAACGGAUCAUAUGUGGACCCAAACGCACCAUUGCCACCUGUCCCACAACCAUCAUACCAUACGCCUACAAGGACCAACACAUAUCCUCCUAGACCAGCAGGACAUGACUAUCAGCAAACUCCUCCACAUACGCAAAACUAUUCCCCUGCUUACAAUCAAAGCACUCAGCCAGCAUAUCAAGCGACUCCCCCUCCUCAACCAGGUUAUACAUAUGCCCAUACUAGUCAACCAUCCGCCGUUCAGACCUCUACCGCUCCAAUACAAGCUCCUCCCAACGAUAGUGGCUACGUCCCCUGGUAUCAACAAACGCAGUCAGCGCAAGCGCAGGCAACGCCCCCUCCGCCUCAACCCUCAUACGGCCAGCAGAAUGGAUCGCAAUUUGGGCAAAUGCCUGCUCAGCCUGUUUAUGGACAAUUACCCCCUUCAACUUCGACUUACACAUCUCCUCCUCCUGUACCUCAGAGUCGGCCCCAGCCUCCCCCUCCUCGUCGUCAAUCGGUAGGCUAUUAUCCGUCUGACGAGCUAUACGCGCAGCAAAGACAAGAUACCAAUACGCCUCAACCACAACAAGCACCAUGGCAGCAAGGUCAUCAAAGUCGACUAUCUUACGAUCCUAAUGCUUACGAUGCUCAAAGACAACAAGCCUUCUCCCCUGUGCAAUCAUCACCAUAUACACCUCAGCAACCGGCACAACCGCCCUAUCAAGCUGCUCCUGCUCCAUCGCCCCCAAGGCAGCCCAGCUGGCAACAGCCACAGAGUCAAUACUCCUCGCCUCAACCUCAUAAUCCGACUAACUAUUAUCCCCAACAACCACCGCCUCCUCCUCAGCAGUAUAACUCGCCUCAACCUCCUCAAAACGAUUACCGAGCGCCAUCGCCGCAACUCCCACCUCAAAACGACUAUAAUCGUGCGCCUUCGCCUCAGCUUUUUGGCCAGGCAUCUUCUCAAGUCGGAUACGGUAGAUCACCAUCACCUCAGCCUUAUCAGCCACCGUACCAACCUGAUACAUGGCAGAAUCAUGUCCAGCCACCACCACCUUCGGGUUCUUCCAGUCAGCUAAUCCCACCUACUUACUCCAACUCACCUAAUCCUGCUCCGGACUCUGGAAGGGCUCCCUCACCCUCCCCAGUCAGUGGCAGUGGCAAUACCAAGAAAGAUUGGAGAUCUUACAUGAACAGUUUAUCUACCACUGGUUCAGGAGGGGGUAUCAUCCCUGCCAGGACACCCAGUCCUCAACCUCCCCCGAAAGACCCUGCUUUGUUGCAGCAACAGCAGCAGUGGUAUACGCCUCCUCCUACUCUACCGAACUCGAUUGUACCGCCUGAAGGAUGGAAGAGCACCUUGCCGGCUCAGAAGGACGGUCAUGCUUGGAGGGGAUAA